AUGGAUUUGUCUGCAUUUGGUGACGAUUUAGAUGAUGAUAUUGCGACUCAGUACGUUAUACACCAAAGCCUUCAAGAGGCCUAUAAAAAAGAUUCUAUUGUAGAAACCAAUGAAAACAACAGCACCUACUCCAUGAGUUCUGAACAUGAAAAGAUUGUAGCAGCUAUUCGGGUUGCGAACAUACUCCGGGGUGAUGAAAUGACAUUGACUAAGUUGUCCAUUCACCAGUCUGCGUUUCUGGAGGCUGAUGAGAGAGGCUGGACUCCGCUGCAUGAGGCUGCGGCUCAGAGACAUAAAACUAUCCUGGAAAUUACAUUGAAAUCUACAGACCAUAGCGUUUGCGAGCAGAAGACACUGAAAGGCGAGACCCCCCUGUUUCUGUCUGUUGACCACUGCAGACUGGACAAUGUCAGCUUCUUGUUGUCAAAUAACUGUGACCCUGAUGCCAAAAAUAAUGUAGAAGAUUCUCCACUUGUUAUAGCAAUACGUCAUGGAUCUUAUGAUACAGCAUCAAUAUUACUGCGCCAUAACGCAAAUGUAAAUUUAGCAUGUGCCGAUAACAGGACUGCUCUCCAUGAGGCGGCCAAACUGGGACGCACAGAUAUUACAGGUCUUCUACUUCAUGGAGGAGCUGACCCUGACUAUACUAGUAACUUUGGGUUCACUCCUCUGGCUCUUGCGGCACAGAAUGGACAUACUGAGGUGAUGGAGUUACUCAUUCAGAAAGGAGCCAGUGUUGUAGCACAAGCCUCUGACUCUGCAUCUAUCCUGUUUGAAGCAGCUUCUGCCAGUAACCCGGAUGCUGUAUCUCUGCUCUUGGAGUAUGGAGCAGAUGCCAAUAUACCAAAACACUCCGGUCAUUUACCAAUACACAGAGCGGCAUACCGAGGGCAUCUCUUGGUUUUAAGCACGCUGAUCCCAGUUACAGAUAUUUCUGUGAUCAGAAGAAGUGGCAUCAGUCCAGUUCACUCAGCAGCUGCAGGAGGACACCCCGAGUGCCUAGAACUUCUUCUCAGAUCAGGGUUUGAUGUCAAUUUCAUGCUGGCCCAAAGGGUUCGCAAAGGAUACGAUGAUGAGAGAAAGUCCGCCUUGUACUUUGCAGUCUCUAAUAGUGACAUUACUUCAACAAAGCUCCUUCUAGAUGCCGGUGCCCUUCCCAACCAGGACCCAGUGAACUGCUUGCAGGUGGCCCUAAGAUUGGGCAAUUAUGAGCUGGUUAACCUGUUGCUCCGUCAUGGGUCCAACGUCAAUUAUAUCUGCAGGGUCAACCCUAUGCACUUUCCCUCGAGCCUGCAGUACGCUCUCAAGGAUGAAGUCAUGCUCAGGAUGUUACUGAACUAUGGAUAUGAUGUACAUAAGUGUUUUGAGUGUCCUCAUGGAAAUAAUGUACAUACUAUACUUGGUUAUGAAGGUUGGACUCCUGCAGUCAUCAAAGAUACCAUGUUCUGUGAGGUCAUCACUGUGACGUGGCUCCAACACCUCUCCGGGAAUGUUGUUCGGGUCAUGCUGGACUAUGUUGACCAUGUGGAGAUUUGCUCUAAGCUGAGAGACACGCUUGUUAAACAGAAGCUCUGGCCUGAAAUUUACUCCAUCUCCACCAAUCCGCGCUCCCUCAAACACCUGUGUCGUCUAAAGAUUCGAAAAUGUAUGGGAAGGCUUCAUCUGCGCUGUCCAGUUUUUAUGUCAUUGCUCCCACUGCCCAACCGCUUAAAAGAUUACAUCCUGUAUAAAGAAUAUGAUCUGUAUGGACAAGGUCACUUUGCACAGAAAUGGUAAAAGUUCACUAUUACAAGGGAAGAUACUCUGCUGGGAGGAUGAGAACAGUUCUGGGAGAAUUCCUUACUCCUCUUGCUUUUUGCUUGACUAUUAUCAAUUAAGGAAAAACAUUGAUUGACUGUAAUAUAAGAGGAAAAAAGUGGCAAAGUUUUACCAAAGGUAACAUUAUCUUAUUGAUGGAACGUUGGCACCAAUCAGGUCAGUGCCCAUUUUAAGUUUCCCUGCCAGCACACUGUACAAGCAACAACAGUCAUUUUAUUUCAUUUUCAACCACACAGGAUAUAAAAGGUAAGUUAGAUGGUGAUACAACCCCUGAGACGUUCAUCAUUGCAACAAACAAGGGGCCCAAAUCCCUUUUUUUUGGCAUUGUGGGUGGAUGGAGAAAACGGUGCAUGUUCGUUCUGCUCUCCAGUCAAGAACUGUGGAACCCAAUUCUUCGCAACGGUGGAGGCCCUAGAAGUCGGAUCUCCACCUAACCUUACUAACUCUAAAAACAGGGCAUAUAAAAGUGGUUGUGGACAGCCCCUUUAAGAGAAAACUGCAUGGACUGAAUAAUAAUAUAUAAUAAUAACAUGUCAACUAUGAAAUGUAAAUCUGUGUCAGAUUUGAUAAUUGUGUACAGCUAAUGUAAUUAUUGCUUCAUGUUAAUAAAACAAUC